AUGGUAAUUAUACUUAUUAUUAGGCUGCCCAUACCAAAGGAAACGUUAGAGACAACGGUAGGCUUCAAAAUUGAAGUCAACGACUUGAGAAACUUCACUGAGACCAAGCAGGAUGCUGAGAGUGACGAAUGUGCGCAAGAGGUGACGAUUACACUAAACGAUGAUAGCAACUCUGAUACGCAGAUCAGCUGGAAUGAUUCUGAUUCAAGUGAUAUACUAAAUCAAGAUACAGUAAAGCAGGAGUUCAGUAUUACAGUAUCUGUAAAAGAAGAAAUAACGAGCAAUGGGGAAUGUUCGGAAGAAGAGUCCAGCAAAUAUAAUAUGUGUGAAGGUAAACAUAUAUCAGGAAAGUCUUUAGAGCGACUGCUACAGACAGACACAGAAAAACUAAAAGGAAAUUUAAAAACGGUACCUAAUGACCAACUUAACGACGACCUAAACGAACCCUUUACUAAAAAGAAGCGAAUACAGACCACCAAGUAUAAAGAAAACGACAAACUGGACAUUGAUAGACUUAAAAACCCAUACACCAUAGAAAGAUUAACUCAUGCAACGAAUAUAACUGCAAUACUGGAAUUUUCAAAUGUAACAGCUUUUAAAUCGAAAUUCCAAAGAGCUUAUCCGUGCUUUUACUGCGAAAAGUUAUUUGAAGAUUUUGAAGAACUUAAAAAACAUCAGAAAUCAGAUCACACCAAAGAGAAUGUCAGCCAAAGCGUUUUAAAAAAGUACAGAGUGGGCAGACCUGAUGGAGUAGUUGUUUAUGCUGAUAUAUCUGACCUACAAUGCACAAUUUGUAGUAAGAGUAUACAAAGUCUGAACGAUUUAAAGAAACACCUAACAGAAGUUCACGGAAAGAAAAUGUAUUUGGAAUUGUCGGACAGAGUUAUUCCUUUCAAAGUGAAAGAGAACAGUUUCCAGUGUCAACUUUGCGGUAAUCUUUACGAGACAUUUGGAGCUAUAGAGCGGCAUAUGAACACUCACUACAGAAAUUACGUUUGCGAAGAAUGCGAUUCUGGUUUCGUGUCGAAACAGAGAUUACGAAUACACGGCUAUCAUAUGCAUUCGCGUAGAACCAAACAGUACCCGUGUGAGGUUUGCCAAAAGCAGUUCCCUUCUCAGAAAAAGAGGAAGAUUCACGUUGAAACUGUUCACGAGAAUGUGAAGAAAUAUAAAUGUAAUAGAUGCCCUGAGAGAUUCAAUGAAUACUUCCGGCGACAUAAGCAUAUGGUGCUGGUACACGGAGUAGCUCCUCUAGAAUAUAAGUGUAACAUUUGCGAAAAAUCAUUCGAACGUCCCUACGCGUUAUCCAUUCAUAUGCGAACGCAUAUACAGCAAAAGGAUAUAUACUGCGAAAUAUGCCCUUAUAGAUGCUUUACUAACGUGGAAUUAAGGCAUCACAUGAUAAAACAUAACGGAAAAAGAAUUCAUGAAUGUUCUGUUUGCAAAAAAUCGUAUGCUAGAGAGAAAACGUUAAAGGAACACAUGCGAAUCCAUACAAACGACAGAAGGUACGUGUGUCCUGUCUGUGGGCAAGCAUUCAUACAAAAUUGCAGCUUGAAAAGCCACAUUAGAAGUCAUCAUAAAGAUUAUGGUUUGACGUGAAAUUAAAUUACUGCAUUAAUUGUUGCCUAAUAAAUUAUUUUGUUAAAUAAUCUUGGAACGCGAUAAUACAACUGAUACAGAGUCUAGUUACGGCCACUGCCGAUGUUGUUUAGAAGAAGGCUACCACAGGAACAUCACCAAAGCUUAUCUAAGCAGUGGUUCUAAAGAAAUCUACGCGGAUAUUUUAUUAGAUUGUUUCAAUGUUUUUCUAUCAACACAUACCAACCUAAGCACACUAAUAUGCUCAGACUGCGUGGCCCAGCUGCGGGCAGCGAGGGACUUCAAGGCGUUGGUGUUACGGACGGAGGAGCAACUCAUGGAGGAGCUACAGAAAUGCGACAACGAGCAGAUGGUUCUAGUCAAUGUGCCCAUACCAAAGGAAACGUUACAGACAACGGUUGGCUUCAAAAUUGAAGUCAACGACUUUGGAAACUUCACUGAGACCAAGCAGGAUGCUGAGAGUGACGAAUGUACGCAAGAAGUGACGAUUACACUAAACGAUGAUAGCAACUCUGAUACGCAGAUCAGCUGGAAUGAUUCUGAUUCAA